AUGUCCGCCCUGUUCUUCCCCAGCAGUAUCAGCAGUCGCUCAGAUCUGCGGGCGUUCCAAACGCUUUCACCAAACAGGAGAAACCUGACGGUCUGGGUUCAGAGCCUCAGAUCUUACACUGGCAGCACACGGGGACACAGCAGCUGGAUUGACAGCAGCAGGGUUUGCAGCAGCUGGACUGACAGCAGCAGGGUUUGCAGCAGCUGGAUUGACAGCAGCAGGGUUUGCAGCAGCUGGACUGACAGCAGCAAGGUUUGCAGCAGCUGGAUUGACAGCAGCAGGGUUUGCAGCAGCUGGACUGACAGCAGCAGGGUUUGCAGCAGCUGGACUGGCAGCAGGAUGACCCACAGCCUGAGGAGCAGCAGCUGGGCUUACAGCAGCUGGACUGGCAGCAGCCACAAGAGCCACAGCCUCCUUUGGAUCCUCCACAGGAGCCACAACCCCCCUUGGAGCCCCCACAGGAGCCACAGCCCCCCUUGGAGCCCCCACAGGAGCCACAGCCCCCCUUGGAGCCCCCACAGGAGCCACAGCUGCAGCAGGAACAGGCUGGCACACAGCAGCAGACGGGCUUGCAGCAGCAGACAGGCACACAGCAGCUGGAGCCACAGCCCCCACAGCCGGAGCCACAGCUCCCACAGCUGGAGCCACAGCCCCCGCAGCCAGAGCCACAGCCUCCGGAGCAGCCACAGCAGCCCAUGUUUCUGGUGGAUUGAGGGUGGAGCAGGUAGAGGAACAGGUGAGAGGGAGGGGCAGGUGUGGAGCUCCCUGAGCCCAGGCUCUUUAUAUACCUGUCGAGUCAGGCAAGACACAGGGGCCCUUCCUUGUGAUUGUUUUCACUACUUUUCCAGAACUCUAUUUUUUUCCUCUAUGCUAGUGACUUCCUCCUGGCUCAGUUGAGCAUCUGUUUUCUUUGUGUGCUAAAUUUGUCUUUUUCCCUCAUUUGUUUUGGCCCCUAUAAUUAAAACCUCAGCUGCUGGCUGUGGGUGCUUCCCACAGAGCCCCAGGGUGCUGGUCUCCUGCUCUCUGCUGACCACAUGUGACCAAUGGGUGACAGCCUCGGCCCGAGCGCCCUCAUGUUCCUAUGUUGACUCCCCCAAUAAUAUUAACUUUACAUUUUUAGAUUUCAAAUGUUAUCCAUGGUCUUUACAGGAAACACGAAACAGAAAACAAAUUGCUCAUUAUCGUGUCUCCUGGAGAUGGAUUUGGUAGAUUUCUGCAAGCAUAAUAUAAAUAUAAAUGUUCAUAUAUAUUAUAUGAAGUAAUA